CUGGCGCGGCGGCGCGAGGGGCGGGCUUUCAGGCUGCCGGCGGCUGCUUGCGCCCCAGCGCGCGCCCAGGCGCCUUGGAAUCCCCGUCCUUGGGCCCCCGCAAGGUCCCCGGCCGUGCGCGAGGCAGCAUGAUGAGGCGCACCCUGGAAAACCGGAACGCUCAAACGAAACAACUGCAAACAGCUGUCUCAAAUGUGGAGAAGCAUUUUGGAGAACUGUGCCAAAUCUUCGCUGCCUAUGUGCGGAAAACUGCCAGGCUGAGAGACAAAGCAGACCUCCUGGUGAAUGAAAUUAACGCGUAUGCUGCUACAGAGACCCCGCAUUUAAAGCUGGGCCUGAUGAACUUUGCAGAUGAGUUUGCCAAACUUCAGGAUUAUCGACAAGCAGAGGUUGAAAGACUUGAAGCCAAAGUAGUUGAACCCUUGAAAACUUAUGGGACCAUUGUGAAAAUGAAACGGGAUGACCUCAAAGCAACACUCACAGCAAGGAAUCGAGAAGCUAAGCAAUUAACUCAGUUAGAAAGAACACGUCAGCGAAACCCAUCUGAUCGACAUGUUAUUUCACAAGCAGAAACGGAAUUACAGAGAGCUGCAAUGGAUGCUAGCCGAACAAGUCGUCAUCUGGAGGAAACUAUUAACAACUUUGAAAGGCAGAAAAUGAAGGAUAUAAAGACUAUAUUUUCUGAAUUUAUCACAAUCGAAAUGUUAUUUCACGGCAAAGCUUUAGAGGUCUACACUGCUGCCUACCAGAAUAUACAAAACAUUGACGAAGAUGAAGAUUUAGAGGUUUUCCGAAAUUCUCUGUAUGCACCAGAUUAUUCAUCUCGUUUAGAUAUUGUAAGAGCAAAUUCAAAGUCACCUCUUCAGAGAUCACUGUCAGCUAAGUGUGUAUCUGGAACAGGACAGGUAUCCACUUGUCGACUAAGAAAGGAUCAACAAGCAGAAGAUGAUGAGGAUGAAGAGUUAGAUGUUACAGAAGAAGAAAAUUUUCUUAAGUAAACUACACAUUUCCAUUUUCAUCAUAAAUGACUUGAAAUCCACAA